GUCAAUUUGCAGCACAACAAACACUAACUUCCAAUAUUUCUCCAACAUACACACAUUUAUAUAAAUUCACAUUCCCAUAACACAAAAUCAAACCCAUCCAUUAUCGGUAAUGGAAUCCUCUUAUAGUCCAAAACUCUUAAUUUCCUUCAUUGUCAUUCUCAUAUCCAUCAACCCCUCAUCACACCAAUCUCUACCACCACUAAAUCCAAGACUCACCAAAGCCUACAUAGCACUCCAAGCAUGGAAACAAACAUUCACCUCAGACCCAAAAAACACCACUUUAAACUGGUAUGGCCCAAAUGUAUGCAACUACACAGGUAUCCUUUGUGCACCGUCACUAGAUGAUCCUUACAUCAAUACCGUUGCUGGUAUAGACAUAAACCAUGCAAACAUAGCAGGUUCAUUACCAGAAGAACUUGGUCUUUUAACAGACAUAGCUCUUUUCCACAUAAACUCAAACCGUUUCUAUGGUUCACUCCCCAAUAGUUUCAACCACCUUCACCUUCUCCAUGAGCUAGACAUCAGUAACAACCAAUUCUCAGGAACAUUCCCGGAGGUUGUUCUUUGCAUUCCUUCAUUAAAAUACUUGGACAUAAGAUACAACAAUUUUCAAGGAAAUGUUCCUAAAGGCCUCUUUGAUCUCAAACUUGAUGCACUUUUCAUCAACAACAACAAAUUCAAAUUUUCUUUACCAGAAAAUUUCGGAAAGAUGCCAGCUUCUGUUGUUGUGUUCGCGAACAAUGAUAUACAAGGUUGUAUUCCAUCGAGUGUAGCGUAUAUGAAGGAUACAAUCAACGAGAUAAUUAUGACGAACAGCGGAAUGAAAGGCUGUUUACCUAAUGAUAUAGGAAAAUUGGAUAAAGUGACAGUGUUUGAUGUUAGUUUUAAUGAGUUUGUUGGUGAAUUGCCUGAAAGUAUCAGUGGAAUGAAAAGUUUGGAGCAGUUGAAUGUGGCACAUAAUAAAUUUUCUGGUGUUAUUCCUGAGAGUAUAUGUAGAUUGCCAAGGUUGAAGAAUUUAACGUAUUCGUAUAAUUACCUGAGUGGUGAAUCAGAGAUUUGUGUUAAGUUGGAUGAUAAGGAUGAUACAAAGAAUUGUAUUCCUCAUAUGCAUUUCCAAAGAUCGAGUCAUGGGUGUGAUGCUUUUUAUGAACAUCCUGUUCAUUGUACUGGUGUUGGUUGUUCUUUUGUAACUCUACCGCCACCACCACCUUCUUGUCCACCUCCUCCUCCUCCGGCAGCUUACCACCAUUAUCUCUGAUGAGAUAAGAGCUUGGAACAUUUUAUUCUUUUCUUUUUUGUUCUUUCAAAUUCAGAGGGAGUGUUUACUUGAUCAUGUCAUAUACGUACGUGUUUUAGGUGAAAUUGACAAAAUUGUUGCUUCAUAAACAAAAUCGUUGCUUGCCGGGUCAAUGCUAUGAGAUUCAUUUUCUUUUGUAUCGUGAAUGAAUGUCGGAUAUGUGCGGUCAUUUGUCAUUGAUAA